AUGGAACGUCCUGGCUUCAUUGAGACCCCUGGCCGACGAGUCACUCGCAGCAGCGCCGCUCUAGCAUCGGAGACCAGUGCGGACGAUGUGUCCGAUUCAGCGACCGAAUUCCGCGGGCGAUCCAAGUCUACUACCCGGAGACGUCCUUCUUCGAAGGUGAAGACCGAGGAUGCGUCCGAAGGGGAAGAGUCGAAGUUGAGAUCGGUUGCGACCAACGGACAUGCCAAUGGACACGCCAACGGUUCAACGGAGAAGAAGCCAAGAAUCAUUGACGGCUGGGUUGAGGGCGAGGAUCCUAAGAUUGACUACAGCGGAGAGUUCGAGUUUGGAGGGUCCUGGGGAGUGCUGUCCAUGAUGAUUGGGUUCCCCCUGCUGAUGUACUACAUGUGGAUUGGUGCCGUCUAUUAUGAUGGCAAGUUUCCCCGUCCUUCGGAAGGCCAGAGCAUGUCCGAAUUUUUCGCGCACCUGGGCCAACUGGUCUAUGACGGCGCUUACCCUUCGCUCCGAGCUUGGACCAUCUACUGGGUAUUCUUCGUCUUCGAGGGUCUAUGCUACGUCCUUCUCCCUGGUGUGACUGUCAUGGGCCGUGCUCUGCCGCACCUCGGAGGAAAGCAGCUCCCCUACUACUGUUCCGGCGUUUGGUCUUUCUACACGAGCAUUGCUCUUGCUGGUGUGCUUCAUUUUACUGGAGUUUUCAAGUUGUACACUGUCAUCGACGAGUUCGGACCACUUCUGAGCGUCGCCAUCAUCUCCGGCUUCCUGGUGUCCUUCGUCGCCUACUUCUCGGCGUUGGCUCGUGGCGCGCAACAUCGCAUGACAGGGUAUCCUAUCUACGAUUUCUUCAUGGGCGCGGAGCUCAAUCCUAGGAUGUUCGGUAUUCUUGAUUUUAAGAUGUUCUUCGAGGUUCGCCUUCCUUGGUUCAUCCUCUUCUUCCUCACUCUGGGUGCUGCAGCUCGGCAGUACGAGGUCUAUGGCUAUGUUUCCGGAGAAGUUGGGUUCCUCCUCAUGGCGCACUUCUUGUACGCUAAUGCUUGCUGCAAAGGCGAAGAGUGUAUCGUGUCGACCUGGGACAUGUAUUAUGAAAAGUGGGGUUUCAUGCUCAUCUUCUGGAACUUGGCCGGUGUGCCCUUGAGUUACUGCCACUGCACAAUCUACCUUGCCAGCCAUGACCCCGCUACUUACCGUUGGAACCGCGUCUUCCUGGUGUUCCUGUAUGCAGCAUAUCUAUUUGUUUACUGGGUUUGGGAUACAACCAACAGCCAGAAGAACCGUUUCCGGCAGCAGGAACGUGGUACCAUGGUCUCUCGGAAGACAUUCCCUCAGCUCCCAUGGCAGACUAUCAAGAAUCCCAAGACCAUCACUGCCGCAGAUGGGUCCAAGAUCCUCGUUGAUGGAUGGUAUGGCAAAGCUCGUAAGAUCCACUACACAUGCGAUCUUUAUUUUGCCUUGAACUGGGGCUUGAUUACUGGCUUCAGCAGCCCAUUUCCCUGGUUCUACCCCAUCUUCUUCGCAUGCAUGAUCACUCACCGUGCCCUGCGUGACAUCCAGCGCUGCCGGAAUAAGUACGGCGAAGCCUGGGUGGAGUACGAGCGACAGGUUCCUUAUCUGUUCAUCCCUGUGGCAUUGAUCCUAUUGAUUGUGUCCACUGUUCAAUUGAGUGAAUGUUUCCACGAUGUGCCCACCAAGGCGGAUGGAAAUGGUACUAUGCGUAUCUACGUGUUCCAUCCCACUAUUCCUGGAUACCCCAAGGCUCGAUUCCCUGGUGUAGUAGUUUUCAUGACUGGACCUGUCUCGCGGUUCGCGAGACAGAUUGCCAGCCAGGGGUACAUCUGUGCUGCCCCGUCCAGCUAUCACGAAUUCACCGGUCCGGAGCCACUGCAAUACAAUGCCGAAGAUACCGACAAGGGAAACCAGUGGAAAGCCAGCAAGAAAAUAGCUGCUUAUGACGAGGACGCCUCGUUGUGCGUUGACUACUUGCUCUCCCUGCCUACUUGUAACGGCCGGGUAGGCACAACGGGUAUGUGUCUGGGUGGACAUCUUGCGUACCGCUGUGCGUUGGACAGCCGCAUCAAGGCGGCUGUGUGCUACUUUGCGACGGACAUCCACAGCAAGACCCUCGGGGAGGGCAAGAAUGACGACAGUCUGGCUAGAGCGGGCGAUAUCAAGGGUGAACUUCUUAUGAUUUUUGGGAAGAACGAUAACCAUGUCCCGCCGGAGGGUAGAGACCUGAUCCGCAAGACCCUGCAUGAAAAGGGCGUCCUGUUCAGCUUCUACGAGGUUGCAUGGGCUCAACAUGCAUUCAUUCGAGAUGAGCUCAGCAAGGGACGGUAUGACCCCGCUAUUACCAAGGUAUGCUUUGAGAUGCUGCUCGAGUUGUUCGGACGGACAUUGAAACUGGACCUGGGCGAACACGAUGGUAAGAAACUAGAGAUCGAGGAUCUCUUUGUCGCCGACAAUCAACCCCCUAAUGAAGCCUACGGCGGCUGUGCCCUCACCGGUAUCGACCUUGGCAAUCAUCGAUAUCUUAGCAACUUAGGAUCGAUACUGCUGGCAUUCAUAUCCAUCCUAGUAUCACUCUUCCUAUUAUGGCGAUCGGAACGGAAACAGGCCGCGGUUGGGCGAAGGGAGAUGCAAUUGUUUCUACUUGGCUUCAUUAUCGUCGAGAUCUGCGAGAUCUUCUCCGUGGGCGGUUUCCCUCUUGACAACGCGGUUCGAAAGGGGUUUUCUGCAGCUCACAUCGCUGCGAUCACCGCAACUUGUUGGAUCCUCUUCUUGAACUCGCUUGUCGGGUUUCAGUUACUUGACGACGGUACACCUGCCUCCCUUGGUCUCUGUCUUGCUUCUGCCUUGGUGUUCUUCGUUGGUACGGGUUAUAUCGCCCUAGAUACUGCUUUCGACUGGACCGGAGAGUUCGCGACGGACGCAUCUGAUCACUAUCGAAAUAUCGCCCUCUACGUACUGUACCAGCUCUUCCCCCUCGUCCUCCUCGUGGCAUUCUACGUUCUGGAAGCUGUCUUGGUGAUCCGGGUCCUGGGCGAGUUCCGGCCAAUGUUGUAUCUGUCCGCCGCGGGUCUGUUGUUCGCCAUUGGCCAAAUCUUCAACUACGUGAUCAGCACCCAUCUCUGCCAGGCGUCGCACGGGAAAAUUAAUGGCGCCUUAUUCGAGACAUUGUUCACCCUCUUGUCGGUCGUUACGGUCUGGAUCUUUUGGAGCAGUAUAACGGAAGACGACUGGCCCAUGCCGGUGGGUGUAGGCGCAGGCUACAACUAA